AUGGCAGAGGUUGGGUCCAAGUCAGUGUUGUUCGUGUGUCUCGGUAAUAUUUGCUAUUCACCCACUGCAGAAGCAGUUUUCAGAAAAUUGGUAACUGAUGACAAUGUUUCAGACAAUUGGAGGAUAGACAGUGCGGCUACAUCCACCUAUGAAGUGGGGAAUCCCCCUGACUAUCGUGGGCAGAGCUGCAUGAGAAAACAUGGCAUCCCCAUGAAUCAUGUUGCACGGCAGAUUACAAGAGAAGACUUUGCCACAUUCGAUUAUAUACUGUGUAUGGAUGAAAGCAAUCUGAGAGAUUUGAAUAGAAGAAGUAAUCAAUUUAAAAACUGCAAAGCUAAAAUUGAGUUACUUGGGAGCUGUGAUCCACAGAAACAACUCAUUAUUGAAGAUCCCUAUUAUGGCAAUGAUUUUGACUUCGAAGUGGUGUACCAGCAAUGCCUUGGGUGCUGCAAGGCCUUCCUAGAGAAGACUCACUAGAUGGUCCUGCCCACCACCAUUGAGCAACUCACUCACCAGAGCCAUGCCCAAGGGUGGUGGCAGUCCUUAGCCCCAUGCCCCACCUGUCUUUUCAGCUGAUUUACUGUAUAUCUUUAAAAUAACUGUAGGUGGAAAUUAGGUAUAUGUUCAGAAGGAUAAAAAUAUUUGAGUAAGACAAUUUGAGGUGUGGCUAAGCAUUUUUAGACUAAUUGAACCUCUCACCUUGUCCUAAUUACAAAAUAGUGGA